AUGCUUGCCAUCCCAUUGUUUGCUGACCAAGUUCAUAAUGCUCAGAUUGGUGCCCAUCGUAGAACCACCAUCAUUGUAAGACCACAACAGCUGACUGUCAAAAGUAUUGCGACGGCCCUCGAUGAGCUUUUGUACAACCCAAGCUACAUGGAAAAUGCCAAGCACAUUUCUCGAUUGAUGAAAAUGAAGCCAGAAGCUGGUCGCAACAAAUUUGUUGAAUGGCUGGAGUUCGCUGCUGCGAAUAAAAAUUUGCACAGGAUCUUCAACCUACCCGGUAACGACAUCGGAGCCGUUGAAUAUUAUUGUCUCGAUUGCAUCAUUCUCCUUUCCGUCGCCGUCGCUACCGUAUCAGCCCUCGUUUGGAUGCUCUUGUCCGCAAUGAUUCAGAUGUUGAUGGUUGAAGGAAUUUUUUGCGUGAAAAUCAAGACACUGUAA